AUGGCGCCGCUGACCAAUGGGGCCAACGUCAAGACGUUCCCAGGGUCGCCCACGCAGCUCGACGUUGUCGCUGUCCUAACCAACUUUCCUGAGACACGAAAGUCUCAGAUGACCAAGUUGGCGAAGGAGAUCGGCGACUGCCUGGGCGCGAAGAUCCUCGCCAAGCUCGAGGCCAAUGUCGCCGAGGAGUUGGGGGCGCGCAACCGCCCAGUGGACGUCGCGCAGUGUUUGGCCUCGCUCACCCCUGCCAAGUUCUUCGAGAAGAUGAGCGGUGAUGCGCAGCAGCUUGAUAAUGCUGAAGAUGUCGGGCUUCCCUCGCUGCGCGGGGGCGUCCACCUUGGCCGGCUCGCGAACGCCGAUGAGGUAUAUGCGCCUUUCGCCGCCUUCGGCUUGAUCCGCGACGACUCCCAUCGCUCGUCCGCCAAUGCCCAGGCGGUCAACGAGCACGCUGGGACCCUCAAUCGCCUGCUGCAGUGGGUGGAGUGCCCGCGCGCAACAAAGAGCUCAGGAUCCCACGGGGGAGGUCUCACGCCAGCGGUGUCCCUCGCCUGGCUGGGCAACAUCCACCUAGAGAUCGCCGCCCCGAUGGACAGGGGCGCUCUGGGCAGCCGCGCGGGGGCUACCAAAGAGCGCGUGUUCCUCUACACGGGCCGCCCAGAGCCUCCUCGCAGUGCCCUUCCAGAUGCGUAUGAGCUGCCCGAGAACCACGGGCUGGACGUGGACAUGGCCGUGCUGUCCGGCAUGGAAGAGCUCAUCGGGGGCCCCGAGGCUGCGGGGCAGGCGCAGUUGCCCAGGGCGCGCCCCCAUGCGGACGAGGCGCCAGAAGAAGGCGGGGACCGCUCCGUUCGGUGCCGCCCCGACGCGGAGGGGUUCCUCUUCGCGUUGCCGGACGGCGUGCCCAGUCGCCUGCGGUAUUGUUGGGCCAACGACGAGUGGGUGGCCGAGUAUCGCAUCGGCAACAAGAGCAUCCCGUUGCCUCCAUCGCACGAGAUCACGGCAGCGGCGGAGCGAGUUCCCACUCUCUUCUCGAAGGCGGGGGGGACUGUGACGUUGUCCGAGGCUGCCGCGAAACUCAUGCGCAGCGUCAGUACCUUCGCCUCGGUCAAAGCGUCUUUGGCCGUGGAGGAAGGGGACAAUGUGACCAGUGCGCUGGUCGCCGCGCGGGGGCAGGUGGAGCGCGCCAAGCGCUUGCUGGCCUUGCUCGAGGGCGCGCGUGAGCAGUGGCUUGACGCCACCGAUGAGAGGCGCGCGAAGUCGGUUCUGCGCAUGAGCCAGCAGAGCGCCGAGUUCUUGGCUGGCCUGCCCGCUGGGUUCGGCCUGGAGCAGGGGCAGCCGUCGGGGCUCGCCGGCGCAGAGCCGUCUGGGGCGCCAGCCGCAACGGCGCGGCCGCCAACGAAGCGAGCCCGCGCGCAGAGCGCCGAGCCGCCGGCCUCGGCGCAGAGUUCGCGACCAGCCGCCAGCCGGGCGGAUGCUGUCGCCGGGGGCGCCGAUCGCGGCGCCCGCGGGGCCGCCCUGUUUGCGCCGCUGGAGGGCCAGGCGAUCGCGCCAGGCGCGCAGACCCAGGGGGCGCCGCCAUCCGCCCUGCCUGCGCCGCCGGGAGCCCUGCCGAGCGCGCCAGUUUGCCCGCGGCAUGCGGAGGCGCCGCCUUCUGCCACCGAGCCCAAGCAGGUCGCAGACGGCGCGCCCAUGUCCAGAGGCUGCGGCCCCCGCGGCGGCACAGUGCAGGCGUUCGCCGAGGGCCAGGGCGAGGCGUGGAAGACGGACCGCGACAUCGUCCGCUACACGUCGCAGCGGGGGGUGGUCAAGUGCUCCGAGAUUUGCGGGAACUUGCGCCGCGAAGUUAUGGUGAACGGCAGGAAGAAGCAUUUGGGCUUGCCCCAGAAGGUCUGGGAGGACGUGAUGGCCGCUGCCUUGGCGCAGCACCCUGUCGGCGACUUGCUCGAGGCGGGCGCGCCGAGAUCCAGGGUUAAGUGGCACGCGCCGCCGUCGGCGGAGGCCGGGCGCGAGGCCAUGGUCAAGUGGCGCAAUCUCCUGGUGGACAUGUGCAGGCUCACAGGCCGCGAGGUGAGGGUCCUCUUGCAGCGGGCCCGGGCCCCCGCGGCAAGCGGGUAA